CUCACUUCCUGCCCCUUCUGAUGCUACAGUGCGGCAUCCCAGUGCGCUCUCGAGUCAACGUGUGAACAAUCGGGACGACCACUCCGCAUCGCCCUGUGUGUUUAGGCUUAAGCUUCCACGACUGGACGCAGGUCUUGAAGCAGGCGCGAGCGCCCCUCUUGCCUCUGUAAACCAGCCCCCCGCGCCGACACGAUGGGCUCCGCCGACACGGACGCCGCGAGCCUCUUCGACGCGCUCGCGUUCACCGUGGAUGACCUCCACCCCGUGCGCUUGGUCCGCAUGACGUGGUUGCUGCAGCAGCGCGGCACCGUCCUGAAGAGGCGCCAGGAGCUGCCGGAGGAGGCCUUCGUGUCCGCGGACGAGUUGCGGGCCGUGUGGGAGGCCGGCGGGCGAGGAGGGAAAGACCAGGUGGCGCCGAUCAUCACCAUCUCGUACUGCUGGGACGCGCGCGAGCAUCCCGACCCCAAUGGGGUGCAGCUGAGUUUGGUGAUUGACACCCUGGAGACAGAGCGCCACAAGUACUCCACAGCCAAAGGUGACUUCAAGGGGUUCAGCGAGAUGGGGAUAUUCUGGGACUGGCCCUCGCUGCUGCAGGGAGACCCGAUCAAGGCCGAGGAGGCGAAGGCCGCCGCCCUGCGGCAGGGCAAGACCGAGAAGGACGCGCAGGAGGCCGCGGACAAGGCCAAGCGGACCCCCGCCGAGAAAGCCGCCUUCAAGCACGGGCUGGAGGAGACAAUGGACCUCUGGUACGCCCACCAGGCCACCACCGUGCUCCUGCUCACCCAGCACCCCCGCGAGCGGGGCAGCGCGCGCAAGGAGGGCUACGACCAGUCCGGCUGGACGACGUACGAGCGCUGCUCCACGGAGCAGAUCAAGCAGGUCUGGCGCUGGGAGGCAGAGUGGGCCGCCGUGGCCGACCUGGGGCAGGGGGCGCGGGCGAAGGCGGCCGGGAGGAGGUGGCCGGUGGGCCCGGACGAGUUCGACCGGCUCAUCGAAGACAUGCACUUCACCAACGGCGCGGACAAGAAGGCGGUGAAGGCGCUCUUCCGCCGGAUGAGCCGCGCGCAGUUGGGCGGCGUGACGAGGCUGGACUUCGACGGGAUGCCACCCCCGACCCCCGAGCAGGCCGCGGGGCUCGCCAGCUGCCUGCGGCUGUGCGCCCGCCUGCAGAAGCUGGACCUGCGAGGAUGCGAGAUCGGCGACGGGGGCGCGCGGGCCCUGGCGGGGGCGCUGCCCUCCCUGCCCGGCCUGCAGGAGCCGCGCCUGGGCGGCAACAGAGGCGAUGCGAUUACGAUUUCCCGACGGGGGCGCGCUGCCCUCCCCUGCCCGGCCUGCAGGAGCUGUGGCUGGGCAGCAACAGCAUCGGCGCCGAGGGCGCGCGGGCCCUGGCGGGGGCGCUGCCCUCCCUGCCCAGCCUGCAGCGGCUGGACCUGGGCGACAACAGCAUCGGCGCCGAGGGCGCGCGGGCCCUGGCGGGGGCGCUGCCCUCCCUGCCCGGCCUGCAGAAGCUGUCGCUGGGCGACAACAGCAUCGGCGACGAGGGCGCGCGGGCCCUGGCGGGGGCGCUGCCCUCCCUGCCCAGCCUGCAGGAGCUGCGCCUGGGCGGCAACAGAGCAUCGGCGCGGGGCGCGCCGGGGCCCUGGCCGGGGGGCGCUGCCCCCUCCCUGCCCCGUCCUCAGGCCUGCGCCUGGGCGGCAACAGAG